AUGUCUGCCGAUAGUGCCGCCUGGCCCAUUGCCGAUGAAGCUCUCGCGCAACAGCUCCUAGACCUUGUCCAACAAGCGACUCACUACCGCCAAAUCCGCAAGGGCGCCAACGAAGCGACCAAGACGUUGAACCGCGGCAUAUCCGAGCUCAUCAUCCUCGCAAGCGACACGUCUCCUCUCGCGAUCCUUCUCCACCUCCCGCUGCUAUGCGAAGAUAAAAACGUGCCGUUUAUCUACGUCCCCAGCAAAAUGGCGCUCGGACGCGCCUGUGGUGUCAGUCGCCCUGUCAUUGCAGCUAGCAUUACAACGAACGAGGCUAGUGAUUUGGGCGGUCAGAUCAGGAGCAUAAAGAAUGCCGUUGAGAGAUUGGCUAUGUGA